AUGUCUCCUCCUCCUGCGUUGCUCCUCCUUCUGCUCGCCCUGGAAUUGUUGGCCUUGAUCCAACGGGCGAACAUCACAAUCAGAUGGGAUGUGAGGAGCUGGGUUCCAGAUGGCUAUUUGGCUGAGGUUUCACUAUUCAACUUUCAGCAGUACCACCACAUUCAGCCACCGGGAUGGAAGCUUGGGUGGGUGUGGUCAAAGGAGGUAAUCCGGUAUGUGCAAGGUGGACAGGCUACAGAGCAAGGUGAUUGCUCGAAAUUCAAAGAGAUUAUCCCUCACAGCUGCAAGGUGAACCCGGAGAUAGUCGACUUGCUUCCCGGGGCACCUUCCAAUAGGAAGAGGGCCAACUGCUGCAAAGGAGGAGUCCUUAGCUCACUGGCACAAGACCCUGCUAAUGCUGUGGCCUCCUUUGAAGUUUCAGUUGGUCGAUCAGGGACCACAACCAAGACCCUGGAAUUGCCUGUGAAUUUCACUCUGAAGGCCCCUGGUCCAGGGUAUACCUGUGGGCCUGCAACCAAGUUAGAUGAACCUACAAAGUUCACUACACCAGAUGGAAAGAGGAAAUCUCAAGCCCACAUGACAUGGACUGUGACUUGUACCUACUCACAGUUUCACGCUCUGACGUAUCCAGCGUGUUGCUUAUCUCUCAGCGCGUUGUACAACGAUACACUUGUUACCUGCCCCAAAUGCUCAUGUGGCUGCCAAGAUAGCAGUACAAAACCAGGAACCUGUCUGAACCCGGAGAUAGUCGACCUGCUUCCCGGGGCACCUUCCAAUAAGUAG